AUGGCGCGAACCGUCGAGCCUGAAGCUAUACUCGAAGCAACGAUCCACUAUCAUGCCCCUUCCUGGGAAGCCGCGAAACCACCACCUCAACCUCGUCUACAUGGCCGGCCGAUGCCUAGGCCGAAAGCCUCUUGGGAUAACGUAUCUUCCUCAUCCGCAUCUUCAUAUGCUGCUUCUACCUCAUCGUCAUCGUUUACAUUGUCGUCUGACUCCACGGGAAGUUCGUCGGCACCUUCUGCCCUUUUCGACGGCCAAAGCAAGCCGAGCAGUCAUACGAGUAGCAGCACGUUUAGUUCGCAACUGAAGGCUCUGUAUCGCACGAUAAAAGAGUUGGAGGCUCGAAUCAAAGGGGAUGUGCCAGGAGAUGCCAGCCAGGGUAGUAUGGGGACAACAGUUGAGGAGUUCGAGCGGGAGAGUUGGCGAACACGAAUAGCCGAUCACAAGAGGUUAGCAGACACGAUAUACAAUAUUCUCGAAAUGACCCUUGCUCCUGGUGUACCCGCGUCCCUUCGCUCCAUACCCACGAAAUACAACCUCAUCUCUUGCUUGUGGAAUACUGGCUUCCACCACCUCCUCGAAUCACUUCGCCGCGCAUCCUUUACUUCACUCCUCGCUCUCGAGCACCUGCAAGAUUUCAUAUAUUACGCCUACACAUUCUACACAGGCGUGUACGAAGAGCGAACGCUAGGAGGCUUCAAGAGUGACUGGCUUGAAGCUCUCGGCGACUUGGCGCGGUAUCGGACCAUCGUAGCGACGAUGGUGCAAAGCAAUUUUGGCCAUGGAGCUCUUUUGACUGCGGCCGCACUUUCGGGGGUUCCUGGGAGCGUGAGCCACCCCGCAGGCGCAGAAGCGAGUAGCGAUAUCAAUUCUCAGGAGCCUAGUAUUGGUGUUGCGGCAGCACGAUUACUGGAGGUCUUACCGGAGAAAGAGCGGUGGCGGAAAACGGCACAAGGGUGGUAUGGCAAAGGGAUUGCAGAUACACCUGGAAAUGGCCGUCUACACCAUUGUCUCGCCCUUCUUUCUCAAGAAGUCGAAGGUGAAGAACUGCGGACGAUUUAUCAUUUCGUCAAGAGCAUGACCGCCCUUCAUCCGUUUCUCGCGUCCCGUGAGGCUGGAAUCCUCCCCAUAUGGUCUGCCGAAUUGCAAGCCCGCCGACUUCUCCCUGGUGCUGGCGUUUCCGACCUCUUUGUACUCAUCCACGGCAUGCUCUUCACGGCAAGCCAGCUGUGCGACUUUGAGACUACACUUGUCCGAUUCCUGGAGAAACUAGCGGUGGAUGGCGCGGAAGACAAGGAAUGGAUCAUGAUGGCUGUUGUCAAUAUCGGGGCCGUCCUCGAAUAUGGUAAACCUGAGGGCACCUUAAAGCAGGCGGGGGUUUCAAAUGCGGAAGAUUUUCCCCCUCAACCUCAGAGUACGGCGAGGAAAGACCAGAUGGACGUCGACGACAUCAAUUUCCCAAUAACUGAUCCGGAAGCGAAGCCCCCCGUUACCUUCUCACUCGCUGCUCAAUUAAUGUCUGCCAUGCUCUCCCAAGUCCUCCGUAAUCCCAUCCGACGAGACGUUCCAAAUCCUUAUCUCACCGUCCUCCUCACCUUUCUGGCAACGAUCUUGAAGAACGAAAAGGCAUUGAAACUACUCAAACCCUAUAUCCCUUGGUCAGACCUCGCUAAUUUCUUUUCAAACAUACCGAGCCACGUCACCGAGAAGGUGCUAUGCACUGGGGAGCGAUGGUCCAUGCUAACCAGCAAAUGUGCGCCCCUUCGAGAAGAUUGGUGUAUCAGAGCGAUGGCAUGGGUUGGUCGCAAAGUCUUCGAGCGUGGCUAUUGGUCCAAAGAGGAAGAAAGGGCCGCGGAGCUUGAGCUCCUAGACGACAUGGACGGUCGCAUCGGGGACAGUUCCACAACGAGGUUUAGCCUGUCCGAUGCCCGGUGGACUCGAAUUGUCAGAUGCGCAGUCGGCAUCGCUAAUCUCGUGGACGACUUUUCGUGGGUGGAUAGCACAAGACAAUGCCGAGUGGACAGGCUACUCGCUGAGAAAUUCCAACGAGGCGAGGGGCUCGGUUACAAUGAACAGGGACAAGAGGGAUAUGGAAUAGGUCGACGAUGGGAUGGUUCCAUGGAUGUCGACGAGGAGCUUGGAACGUUCCUGACUACCCAGAGAUAG